GUCCCAACAUGGCGACGAGAAAGUGAGGUUGGUUACGGACAGGGUAAUAUUAACAAACCAAAUUACAUUCGAGAAAAAUAAGUUGUUGUGAAUCUCUGUCGGCACGCCAGAGCAGGAACGCGAAGGAAAUAUCCAGGUCUGAUGCCCGGCCGGCGCCAUGUUCAGUAAGAAGAAGAAGCAGCGUAUCCAGAUCUCGGCGCCCUCCAACUUCGAGCACCGCGUGCACACCGACUUCGACGAGCAGGAGCAGAAGUUUGUGGGGUUGCCGCGGCAAUGGCAGAGCCUGAUCGAGGACACGGCCAAGAGGCCCAAGCCCUUCAUCGACGCCACGGUCAUCACGACCGUGGAGCCCCGCAAGACCAUCGUGCGGGGCGCUAAGUUGGCGGCGGACGGCUCUCUCUCCUGGCUGCUGGACGAGUUUGAGACCAUGUCGGUGACGCGCUCCAACUCGCUGCGUCGCGGCAGCCCCCCCGUGCACCCCCGCCGCGACUCCGCCUCCUCCGUGGGGGUGCAGGAGAACGGCCAGCCCCCCCUCCGGCCGCACCCCCACACGCACCCCGACCGCCACAGAGACAGCCGGGAGAGAGAGCGGCCUCGACAGGACAUCCCGGGUGUGGACCCGCGGCAGUCUCAGAGGCCGGCCCGAGGCCCCCGGGAUGACGAUCGGCCCCAGCAGCAGCCCCGGGGCCAGGAGCCCAGCCGCCAGCGCGAGAGGGACCGCCCCGGCCCCCCGGCCCAGCCCCCCGCCCCGCCCCACAGAGACCGCCAGCCCCGCCCCGAGCAGGUGCUGAGGAGGGAGGGCGACAAGCGGCCCAAAUCCAGCUACACGGGCCGGGACAGCAGCCCCCAGUCCCCCCGCGACAAGAGGCCCCUCUCCGGCCCCAACAUCCGCACCCCCAACCUGCCUCUGUCGGAGGGGGUGAUGAAGACCGCCCAGCAGACGGGCCGCCCCUUCAACACGUACCCCCGAGCCGAGAGCGACUCCGGCCGCAGCCCCACCAGCCAGGAGCCGAAGCUGAGCCGGCCCCGUGAAGCCCUCCCCCAGAACGGCCCCUCCAGUGGCCCCAGCUGGGUGGGGGGCGGCGGGGGCAAACCAGCCGCGGGGCAGCCCCGAGGAGACCCCCACCCACACCACUCCUCACACCCGCUCCUGGGCCCCGAGCCCCCGCACGGCCACCCCCACCCCCAGCCCCCGGGCCCCCCGCAGCCGGCCCUCGCCCGGCCCCCGGGCCCCGCGGGCCCCCCCCAGGCCCGCUCCCCGCAGCGUGAGCCCCAGCGCGUGUCCCAUGAGCAGUUCCGCGCAGCCCUGCAGAUGGUGGUGGACCCCGGGGACCCGCGCACCUACCUGGACCACUACAUCAAGAUCGGGGAGGGCUCCACCGGCAUCGUCUGCAUCGCCACCGUCAAGAGCACCGGCAAGCUGGUGGCCGUGAAGAAGAUGGACCUGCGCAAGCAGCAGCGCAGAGAGCUGCUGUUCAACGAGGUGGUUAUCAUGCGGGACUAUCACCAUGACAACGUGGUGGAGAUGUACAACAGCUACCUGGUGGGGGACGAGCUGUGGGUCGUCAUGGAGUUCCUGGAGGGCGGGGCUCUGACCGACAUCGUCACGCACACCAGGAUGAACGAGGAGCAGAUUGCCACCGUCUGUCUGUCUGUCCUGAAGGCUCUGUCUGUGCUGCACACCCAGGGGGUCAUCCACAGAGACAUUAAGAGCGACUCCAUUCUGCUCACCCACGACGGCAGGAUAAAGCUGUCGGACUUUGGCUUCUGCGCCCAGGUGUCUAAGGAAGUGCAGCGGCGGAAGUCUCUGGUGGGAACGCCCUACUGGAUGGCUCCCGAGCUCAUCUCCCGCCUGCCCUAUGGGCCCGAGGUGGACAUCUGGUCUCUGGGCGUCAUGGUGAUCGAGAUGGUGGACGGAGAGCCUCCGUACUUUAACGAGCCCCCCCUCAAAGCCAUGAAGAUGAUCCGCGACAACCUGCCGCCGAAACUGAAGAAUCUCCAUAAGGUGUCUCCUAUUCUCAAAGGCUUCCUGGACCGCAUGCUGGUGCGGGACCCCGCCCAGAGAGCCACGGCCAAUGAGCUGCUGAAGCACCCCUUCCUGGGCAAGGCCGGCCCGCCCUCUUGCAUCGUUCCCCUCAUGAGGCAGAACCGCAUGAGAUGAGUGAUGUCAUCAACACGCACCGCACCACUCCCCGCCCCGGCCCUGCGGCUGAGCGAUGCGGUGAGAAGGGGACCCGGAGCCAAACCCACACCACGGACGCGUGCUCGAACCCAGGGCCGGGGGGGGACACCCAGGGGACGCCUCCUUGUCCGGUCACGCUUUUACAUUUUUUAAAAAACAUAACCUAAGUUUGGCUGGACUGUCGCUAGCUUAGGUAGGGAGCAAAAACAUGGACUUUUGAAAACGCUCCACUGUUUUAAGGGUUUGGCUUUCUUUUUUUCUUUUUGAAACUCACCACUCAUCCGCCUUGGACAGAUGGAUGACCUUUGAACCCUCCUGCUGCAGCAGAGGGAAGCAGCGAGCCCACACACCCGGUCUCCCUGCUUCUGUUCCCCUGGCUGCCAGCCCAGAAGACAUGUCUGUCUGCCUCCCUUAGUUACAGCCACACUACAUGGGUCCAAAAUCCUGAGCUUUCUUUUCCUGGGUGGAGUUUUACUGAGCGAAUCGCACUGAACCCCCCCUGCCUAGUGUUCAAGCCUCCCAGCAUUGAGCGCUGUCUCAUCAUGGGCCGCAGUCCUCAGUGUGGAUCCCUGGUGAGGGUGUUCCAAUGCUGAGGGUGCAGAGGGCUGGGGGACAAACAUCCCAUCAGCCCUCUGGCAGGGCGGGACGGUCCAUUCUGCUAUGGAAACGGGGGUGACCACUGCGGACACUACACUGGGUCCCACAGGGGAAGACCACCGACAUCUCACAUGGACAGAACGCAGCCAGAAAUACUACUGAAGAAUGACCAGGCUUUAAACACGAAAUGAACCGUUAUCGAAAUUAAAACACUAGGUUCCUGUUGUGUACACUAAGCAAAGAUGAACACUGGAUUUCUUUUUUUACCUGAUUUCAUUUUAUAUAAGUAUAAAUUUAUGGAAAUGUAUCCUUUUGCAUUUUCUGCUUCUGAUGAUUGAGGCGCUGUGUGUAAAGACAGGCUGUGCACCUAGGAAAUUAACUGCAUUUUUUUCUUGCGGCGAAAUUAAAUGUCCUACUUCACUUUUUUAGCAUAGCAGUGGGGUGGUUUCAACACUAAUUUAAAUGUUUUUUUUUUUUGUUUUAUGACCUUGGCGUGCAGUGAAGUUGGUUUCAAGCCUAAUCCAUUUCCACAGUGCUAUGGACAAAGAGACUGUUAUUGAGUAUUUGGCCCAAGCAGUGCCAGUUGCGUGUCUCAGAAAUGUUCUAUAGGGCUGCUGAAAAUUCUGUAGAUACUUUGUCUAAUCAUACACUAAGCCUGACUGUCCUGUUUGGCAUUUUUGUUGGAGCGGAAGUAGGCGCUGCCGGAGCGCGCUGUGUGGUACAUUAUGUAAGGGCUCUUUCGGACCGGCAGAGGAAGCCCGUUGAGCAAUCUCACGCGCCGCUGACGUGCGCAGUUGCGGCUCUGACCCUGCUCGUCCGGUUUUAGUCACGACCUUGACCCGGCGUCCAGGGCAGAGAGAGAGUGAACCAAGACCGGCCUCAAACGCCCCCGCGCUAAGGCUAAAGGCUAAAGGCUAAAGGCCGUUUUCGCGGUCUGGGAAAGCUUGGCCCGCCAUCGGCCAAGGUAACACUAACGCUAACGCUAACAUCCACAGGGCCAAAGCAACCAAAGACACACAGGCCUCUGUGGUGACCAAAAGAAUAGGCAGCACUGUUCAUGUGUGCUUAACGCGCGCUAGGUAGGCUGAGGCCCGGUGACCUCUGACCUGUUAGAAGCACACUGCAUGAACGCGGCACGUCUGCGUUAAGCACCAGGUAAGGAUUCGUGGACCAGCAGCUUGCUUCUCUUAAGAAUGCAGGAAUUGAGUGGCAGAGAGAAGUGGCUUAGAGGUUUAUAAUUUCAUCGUCCCAGCAGAACUGUGUUCCCGUAGGAUGCCAAUCCAAAGAUCAAAGUAUUUUAAUAAAUAACUAUUUGCAUGCAUGUCCUUUAUGUUUUGGCCGCGUGUUGAAUGUUUUUUUUUUUUAAACACGACCAAUUAUUUCAGAAUGUUCAUGAAUUGGUUAUUUGUUGUUUGACCCUGCGUUUUAGCUGAAUUUGGACCACUUGAUUUUAUUGCUGGGUGAGCAAGACCUUUUUACGUUGAUUGGCAUGCGUCUGUGUUAAUCCCGCCCCUGGCCCAUACGACCGUGCCAUUUUAUUUCCACACUAAUGGGAGAGUGGAGCUCGAAGGAAUAACCACUGGUAGAAACAUUAAUGAAAUUUCCCCUUUUUCCCCUCCAGCAUAUUAUGCUUCUCUCUGGCUCUCGCUGUGGCCUGCCGCGUUGCGGAAGUAGGAACUUGUGUCGACACGGGCUGCUGGGAACUGAGCCAUCAGAGCUGUGUGUGUGUGAAUGAGACAUUUUCAGUCGCAAACACAAACUCGUUUCACCCCUGAAGGGAUUUUUGGGUGUAUUUUGAAGCGGGCAAAAAAAAAAAAAAACUCGGGGCAUAUUCGGGCCAUGCGUUUUAACUGGAGGGAGGCGUGCCGUUGUGUUGGUGCCUGCAGGACGGUGGGUGGGAGUGGAGUGCGUGUUUACCCCUCCGCAGCACCCUGCCUGGGUCGUGCGUGUCUGCUUGGCUGAACAUUCGCUCGGUUCAUCCACAGCAUGGCUCAGCGUGUCCUGGCCUUUAGUCGAUCAUUAGAGCACACUGUCUUCGUCAGUGAGUCGGGUAGGGCAUUGUAAGCAAGUCCCCUUUAAGUCAAUGUUAAACCAGGAGAGCGCCCAUUUCCCCCCCCCACAGAAGUCUUCGCUGCUGGUCUCCCUCCAUGCCUGGGGGCCCCUUAUGCCCUCUGUGGUAGUCUGUGGUGGGGUGCUCAUUUGGCUGUGGCCUUUGGGGUUACCCCAGUUUGCAACAAGCUCGCCCUGCACUAGGUUUACUCUUCCCCAGAUCUCUUCAGACGAUUCUUGGCAUCCACUACAUGAUCAACUGUCUCUCCGAGUGUUCAGUCUGACAGCUGGCACAACCGGCAGUGGGCUUGCUGCGGUUAUUGCCAGCGUGUGGGGAAUAACAAUCAAAGGUGGACAUAUCUUCGCUGUGGACACUUCCGUGCGUGGGAACCAAUGUCGAGAGGGCUUUUUAGUGUGUGAGGGUUUUCAUGCCUUAAUGGAAUAAGAAAAUGUGAUUAAUAUAAAGAUGCCCUGGAAUUGCUGUUAAUUACAUAUGUACAUAAGAUUUUAGCAGUUAUGUUCCUCUAUUGACAAUAUAUUUUCAGUUUUCUUUAGUGCCUAGAAGUCAAUUUUUUUUUUUUUAUUAUUAUUUUUUUAUUAGAACUGGUUCAUGUUUUAAGAAUGCUGACAUUUCCCGCUUGGAACUGUGACAACUACUGACUCACUUGCUUGGAUCAUAUUUAUAUGUAAAUGAAUGCAUCGGGGUGUUUGGAGUGUUGAUGAGAUGUUUCACAGUUUGCUCAGCCGUUUAUGAAGCAGUAUUGUGAAGAUUCAGAGCACAGGGAGCGGUUGUGCUUUCUGUUACGCCCCCUCCUCAACUUUAGAUUUCCAUUGUUAUAUAAAAAAAAGGAAAACACUUCAGAGUGAAGAUUUUAGUUUUGUUUUUUUUCCCAGUUUUUUUGUCUUUU